ACAGAAAUGAAAGCACACCAAACUGAAGUGUGCACAGAGACAAAGAGGCUUUAUCUUUUAGCGUCUUCUUAUAAACCUUAAAAAUGAGGGUUAUUUGUGUGACUCUCCUGAUUCUCUCCAGCUUUGUGGAAUCUCAAUCAGAGGGAUUCCAGAUGGUUGGUCCAGAAGCUUCUCUUGUUGCUGUAGCUGGUGAAGAUCUGGUUCUGCCCUGUUUUCUCAAACCCAGCACCAGCGCUGUGGACAUGACAGUGGAAUGGAUGAGAGUAGAGGAAGUGGCUUCAUUAGUGCAUCUCUAUAAGGAUCAUAAAGACAGAAAUGAAGAUCAGGCUCAGCCCUACAGAGGAAGAACAUCACUAUUUAAAGAGGAGCUACAGAAAGGCAACGCUUCACUCAAACUCUCACCUCUCCGAGUCUCUGAUGAAGGAGAAUAUAAGUGUCUCAUUGAGGACAAAUCCUGGUAUGAUGACAUCAUUGUUCACAUCAUUGUCGAGGCUCAGGGAAGCCACCCAGUGAUCAUGAUGGAGAGUUAUGAUCACUCAGGAGGGAUUAAUCUAGUGUGCGAGUCCAGAGGCUGGAAACCUGAACCUGAGGUUGUGUGGCUGGACAGAGGAGGAGCCGCUCUGCCUGCUGAAGAUACACAGAGACACAGAGACACUGAGGGCUUCAGUGUGAAAAGCCGCACCACUGUUUAUGAUUAUAGCGACUCCAACAGAUAUUAUUGCAGACUUCUACAAGAACAUCACAUGAUGGAAACAGAGGUCAUCAUUAAUCGUAAAGUCUUUGAUGCUUGGAGGUGGGUUGUCGGUGUUUCAGUUUCAGCAUGUCUUAUUGCUGUUGGAUCGAUAGUAACUGCAGUUAUCUGUUACAAGAAAGAGCUUCAGAAGCAGAAGCAAAAAGCAGUGUGCCAUCACCAUCUGACAGCUGGUGGUGAAAUUGGUUGGGUUUCCUCUGAGUUGGAAAAUUAUCCAUCCAUUGAGUUCCCCAACAUCUCAAACACCCUGGUGCUGCAGACAUCAUUCUACACAGAAAAACAGAUGAAAACCUGGAAGAGCAUGGAGGAGAGCAACUUUUUAUAUGUUGUUGGGUUAAGGAUCUGGGGAUCAGGACACUACAGUAUAAAUCCUGUAUCAUUUAUGCCCGGCCUCAGAGCUUCAAAAGGAGAAGCAAAAUGCAGGUGA